AUGACCGGACGAAGGAGCUGUUGGUGGCUGGGGUGCCAGUCCCGUGAUCUUAUUUGCACCGCCGGUGGUGCAGAUAUGAGUCCCCAAUCUGCCAAGAGUGAUUAUGUCAUCAGUCUCGACCGCCGCAGCUGGCGUCGCUUCAUUCUCCAUCGCACCCCGCCAUCCCCACUUCAAUCUGCCUCGACUGCAGCAACCGGAAAAAAAAGUACGACACACCCAAACGACCCGGGGCUUCUCUAUUUUUUUAAGGCAUCGCUUCGACUCGAGAAUGAGCCACAAGGUAACCUGGAUGAAAUGGCAUCGGAGCUUGAAGGCUUGAUCGCGGGCCUGUUGGUGCACAUCUCGGUGUCCCGUGGGCGACCUCACGCUGAACCUCUCUCACAACUGCGUGGGGGUGAUCCCGCGGUACAGCAUCGUACUGCCUCUACUAUUUGGAGCUGGCUUGUCUCAAGACGAGACAUCUCUGUUGGUCCCAAUCGCAAGUACAACCAUCUCACAUUGAAUGAGAUAUUGGCACUUGAACCACCCGCAGAUGCCAACGAGCAAGGUGCAGAACCCUCAGAAUCAACAUCAGAAACCCGCACAGCUCCUCAACAUGUGUUGGUAUACGCCUCUGAGGAGACCAUGUGGGAGUCUCUUACCGGUCACGCUGUUGACUACAAGCGAGUACCCAAGUCUGAAUGGAUGUUGUUGCUCGGAAUUGCUUCUACGACUACCCAAGGUAUCUUGCAAGGCGAUCUCGGCCGGCUCGUCGACCAGGACAAGAGGUCUGUUCCCAAACGAACCGAUGCGCUGCUUAAGAAGGGCUACAUCGCCAAGAGAACGACACUGGUGCGAGGAACCAAGACGAGUAAGAUGUGGCUCAAACUGUUCGCGCCGCCGCUGCCAAAGGAUGGUGAAGGGGGAGAUGAAGUCCGCCCUGACAUGACCCUCACCCGCCAAGUUUUAGUUGACAACCUCGACCCGGUUCCCUGGCACAUUCGAUGGACUGGAGAGUCUAUCGACUACACAGCCUUGGCUACAACCAUCAUGGCCAUCGCUAAGGAAUGGGGUGUCCUGCGAAUGACCGACAUGAAGUCCAAGCUCGGCGUGUUGGGAAUGCGCUGGCAGAUGAAGGUCCUUGCCAAGGUGUGCCGUUUUCUCAACUCCCGAGGUGUCAUCCAAUACGUCGCCGCGAAACUAGGGGAGAAGGUGUUCAAAGACUGUAUCAAAUAUGUCCGAGACUUCAACUCUGAGGAUUGGGCGGUCUACUUGGCUACGGGCAAAAAGCAGGCGAAAACGCCCAGAAAUCCUGACCUGGAUGGCCUCGAUGGAACCAAGGCCGACGGCCAAAGCUCUAACGCUUCAGAAGUAGCUGCAGCACCACCAUGGUCGCUGGAUAAGCCAGUUCCUGUCAUCAUUGCGGAAAUGGCACAGCGACUUGGUGAGACCGGCUUGACAAACCCAGACGUUUAUGCCUUGACCCUGGGCCCGUCUUAUAGCCGCCACCUUUCUUCCAUGACCACUGCCUUGUCUGUUCCAAACCUGCAACCGGCUCAUCUAUCCCAUUUUCAACUUCGCAGUGAACACACCAGGACUGGAAAGGUAGCUUCAUAUCGCUAUUUUGCUCAAAACGAUUCACUUCCGCCUCCAAUCGCCAAUGGCGCCGACGACUCUCACAGCCAUGGGGCAACUCUUGCCGACUCCUACGGCUUCUCCCCGAUACCUGCUGCAAGCAUCUCUAGCGAAACUUCCACCACAUUGAUGGAACUGUGCAGCCUAGGGCUGGCGACUCGAAAGACGAACAAGGGACGCCCCAAGAAGGGCAACGCAAAGAAGCAGAAACCUGCUCCUGCUACAAAAGCCAGGGCAAACCGAAAACAGCCUAAAGAAUCACCAGUGCCACAACAAGAACAAGUAGCUCAGGAGGACACGAAUCGGGAGAACAUGACUCAGGAGAAUGGAACUCAUGAAACCAGUGCCCGUGAGGACGCAAGUCAAGAGAACACAACUCAAGAGAGUGCGACUCAGGAGAACGGCAUUCAGGAGAACGGUAUCUCUGCAGCUGAAGAGCCGGGCGCACCUUCACAAGAUUCGACAACACAGCAGGAGACAGCGCCGGAAGAACCACAAACCUUGAACCCAGAUGAUGCGCCAUCGGGACCAGGCGACGCUGAUACGCUUGUAGCUACUCUCAAGGUGUCCUCAGACCAUCUCAAAGACGUGCUUUCUGAAAGUCAGCCAACUGUUACCACCCCCGUACGAGCAACACCUGCACGAGCGACCCGAGCUAGGUCAACAAGAUCUUCAGCGAAGAAAGCAGAGACCGGAAUCGCGAGCGCUGCUCUUGACGCCGAAGAGAUUGAGGGCGGAGAUGAAAAUGAGAAGGAUCCUGAGGCUGAACCAAGAAGGGGCGAGACAAGGAAGAAGGGAAAUGCGGCAGAGACUACCGAAGGUGACUCUGGUCCACGUCCUUGGGUUUGCGAAAAGUGCGGCGGCAGCUGGAAGAAUGACAUUGGUUUGAAAUACCACCUGGAAAAGUCGAGGACGGCUUGCAACCCUUCAUUCGAUGAAGCCACGGCAGGUCCAGUCCGGCGCGGAAAGAAGCGAGUCAUCUCUGAGGUUGAAGAGCCCGAAACUCCAACUCCCGCAGAGGACAAGUCACCACAAGCCGAGGCACCGGAACAGACGGAGCCGGAGAAAGAAGAUCAAAGCCAAGAGGUGGAGGAGGAGAGCUUCUCGACUCCAGCUCGACGUGUUUCGAAACUACGAGGCCCAGUUGCCCGACUAUCAUGGUCCUCACGGCCAACCGUCAGUUUCAAAAGCGACUCAUUUCAUGUUAACCCAGAAUGGCGACGCCCUCCGGUCACCAGUUUUGAUACCCCAAAAACAUCCCUAUCGAAUGGAACCAACGGCGCCCUUGUGCAGAAUGAGGACGGGCAGCCGCGGCCUGUUCUCGGGCCGCUGCACCGUUUCGAUUUGUCUGCAAGCUCGCCAAAGACCCCUCGCCCGAGAUCGCAGACGAAGGCACCUGAGUCAACGGCUGAGACUCCCCAGCCAAAGGGGCCUGAAACCAACGGCAAGGAAGGUACCAACGGUGUACUCAAUGGUGGCAGUUCGACUGUGAAGCCCAGAUCACCGGCAGUUGUCGAUACCCCUAUAUCCAGGGCUGCUCUGAGUGCUCGAACUCGCCAGAUUAUUCAAGAGAUCCUAACAGAGCAGUCCGGCGUCUUUCCGGGGGGUAAGCCGUUUUGGCAUGCGAUCACGAUACGUUGGACACAAAUGUUCCCGACAGAAGCAAUCCCCCAAGUACGCGCGUAUCAAGCCGUGCUUCGGGAUAUGCUGAAGAACAAGGUCGUUGCCGAACACUGGCACAGCUUCCGCAGUACCAAGGGCAUGACUGAAAAGUGUCACGUCAUAGUUCAGGCCGGUGUUGAUCCAUUCUCCCCUGAAGCCACCAAUCUGCUCGACAAGAUCAAAGCAGCUCACCCAGAUACAUAUAUACCGCCACCAUUUGACGCUCUGGCUGACCACGACUUGCUCAACCGCGGCCGUCGAGAUCUUCCGAUCGAGGUUGAGAUGCUGGAUGCCCCAGUGUAUGUGGCACGAGCUGCACAAAAGAGAGCCUUAGAAGACCUGGACGAUGAUGACGAAGAUGCUCCUCCACCUCAGAAGCGCAGGAGACGCAAGAGAGCGGCAAGAGACAACAGCGCAUCCCCAGAUAGGGCAUCCAAACGGAACGAUAUUACCUUUCAUCAAGAUUACGAGACGGGGCAAGGAAAGUGGUAUGAACACUUUGCGGGCGUUGCAACUCAUGGUGCCCCCGAGUCAAUUCGGUUCCUCGAGCCCAAUACUUUCUUGGACGAGGAACCCCCGAGGUGGUUGUCGAAGCGCGCCACCAAGGCCGCAGCUCGUCAUGUGCAAGAAGAGGAAGCUUUCAACGACGUCCCCAAGGAAUUGGUGUUUGACAAGCCGAUUUUGGUUUCCGGCGAUCUUGGUGCCUGGCCCUACAUUAGCGCUCAAGACUUUGAGCUGCAAGAUGCCAGCUACACACUGAAGGGCUGGAUGCCUGACAUGAACUGGUUCGCCUGGUCAUCUAUGUUGGAUGUGAUUGACGAACGCACCCUUGAGCUGAAACGCCAGAAGCGUCAGCAUAGAACCGACCUUGGUCGAUACCAGCGCUUCGUCGAGAGACUACAGUGUUGUAUGGAUACGGAGCGAUCAUGGGCCGAGUCUUUCGUCCAUGCGCCGCGCGGUGCAGCGGGCCCUCACAACACCUUCGUGACGUUCUUUAGCGGAGCCGACAUGGAGUUGGUCGAUGUUCCUGGCCUUACGUGGCCUGCAGAGUGGCAACUUACACCAGAGUCCUUCCCAGGAGCCGUGCCAGACCGGCAGCUUCUUGUUGACUCGACAUCUGAUGAGGAAGACGACAGUCCUAAGUGGACGAGACUAUCAGUGCCCCAAGCAGGACCCGACGGAGAGAGCGCGCGCACCACUACUGCUCGGCAGCAGCAAGGCCAGCAGGCAAGAGUCAAGCGUGUCCGCCUCCUAACCCGCGCUUUAACGAACAUCCCCACCGAAGCAGAACAACCAGAGGGUCUCAACGCCCAGAAUUCGGCCAAUGACUCUUCUGACUCUGAGGAAGCGGACAGGUUGCUCGCUGCAUUUGUUGCUGUUCGUGUGCUACUCGGUGGUUCCGACAAGGCCAUCGAUUGGGGACUGUUGUUGAAACUCUUCCCAUCAUUCAAGCUCAAGGAGCUUCGUCGAUUUUGGAUCACCGCCCGUAGAGAUCAGGGCGCGUACGUGGGAAAACUCACAAAGGACUUUCAGGAUAAGUUUCUGAUUGCAUAUCAGAAGGAAGAACUUCCAGAGUUUGACUUUGAUGACCCCUUGGACUAUGACUGGCAUGAACUGAUUGAUUGGACGCUUCAGUUGCCACGCAGAAAGGGCGUUGAUCUGCCGUCAACCAAGGCUCUUCUGGAGGAGAACUUUACCUCUCACAAGGCCUCUCGUGUGGUGGAUGACUGGAGAGAGAAGUUUCACCAUGUGCAGUCAUCUGUCUUCUCUCGGUUUGAGGCCACUACUGGCAGCCCAGCUGUUGUAUCUGUUGACAAGAUGUUGACCGGCCUUGACGAACAUGUCGAACUCACUGACAGGGUCAUUGCAAGAUCUUGGGUGCGAUCUCUGUGCUGCACGGAGGACAGCCGGUAUUCAGUGGAACAGAUUAGGCAAAAGUUCUCCUCACUCGCCAAGGGAGACCAGGAUCGGAACAACGCGCUUCUCAAGCAGGCCAUUGAUGACUUGACUCAGCAACGAAUCAUCUGCAGGAGCAAGAAGGCUCCCCUUGGUGGUCGACCAUACCGACUCAACGAAUGGUAUUACCACAUGCUGGGGAAACUAGCACAGCGGACAAAGUACCAAGAAGCAGCCGACUUCAAGGCCAAGCUGGAUGCCGUCUUUCGUCGUGGAGAAACCUUCCAGGUUCCAUACACUCUUGAAGACGGAGCUGUCAUGGCAUUGACAAACUUGAACGCUUCCGAGAGAAUCAAGCUGAUGCCCGUGGAUGUGCCCAAUAUUCCUCUUGGAUUCGAGCCAGGCAACUACGAAAGUCGCAAGUUCCCGAAGUCGUACUAUCAUUUCAGCAUCGAGGCGGUCCCGACGGACACGUACAAGUAUGACGAGGAUAUUGAUGUGAUCCGCAAGACCAUCUAUGAGGGCCCUCCCACAGCGGGCAAGGAGAGCGUGCUGCCGCAGUGGGUUGACUUUUUUGGGCGACGAGAUGCCCAACGUUGGAUGGAUGUCUUGGGCGCAUUUUGCUUCAUCUUUGCUCUCAGGGGAUAUCUGUCGAUAGAAGGAGUGUGUAGCGCACUCAAACCAGUGCUAGAAGAGUUUGAAGCUCAGAUGAUCAUUGACUGGGGAAAGAAGACGGGCGUGCUCAAGGAGUCGGAGGAUGGACUAGGAGUGACGACAGGAGAAUGGUGGUGGCUGGCAGUCCCAUGGCAAUGGGGACGGCAACUCAGAGCGAGGGGUCCACGAGAGGACGACUAA